CUCUUUCUCUAUCUCUGUGGUUUAAAUUGGCAUAAAAUUCGUGAAAAAACCUGCCAAAUUCCACAAUUUGGGCAUCCCAAAUCCCACAUUCACCAUUUUUUUUUCUCCAAUUCAAGAUCGUGUUUUAAUCAAACACAUUCUUCACACGAAAAUGGAGGAUGACGAAUUCUCAACAGAGUUAAAUGUGGCGGUGAGGGUGGUUCACAUGGCUUGCUCUCUCUGCGAAAAGGUGCAAAGGCAGCUGAUUUCGACCAACUCCGAUCAAGUUAGGUCCAAGGAUGAUCACUCCCUCGUCACUGUCGCAGACUGGAGCGUUCAAGCAACGGUAAGUUGGAUGCUCUCCAAAGCUCUUGGUAGCCACAUUUCCAUUGUUGCUGAAGAAGAUACUAAAAGUUUAUCCAGGCCCGAAUCGUCAUCUAUCUUGGAAAGGGUUGUUGAUGUUGUAAAUGAAUGCUUGGCGGAGGCAACUAGGUUUGGUCUUCAGGGUCCCGUUAGCGCACUCAGUGCUUCUCAAGUUCUAGAUGCAAUCAGCCGAUGUAGCUCCAUCGGAGGGCGUACAGGCCGGCAUUGGGUACUUGAUCCAGUUGACGGGACACUAGGUUUUGUUCGUGGAGAUCAGUAUGCUAUUGCCCUUGCUAUGAUUGAUGGCGGGGACGUCAAAAUUGGAGUGCUCGGCUGCCCAAAUUACCCUGUGAAGGACGAUGGCCUGAAAAAGUAUAGUCAGCAAAACCUUAUCUUGUCGAAUAAACCUUCUGGGGAAGUAGGAUGUGUGAUGUACACAAGGAAAGACAGCAGAAAAGCUUGGAUGCAACCCUUAAUUCAUUGUGACAAGACACUCGAGUGGCCAAAUUCUGCAAAGCUUAUUCGGGUUUCUUCCAUUAGCAAUCCUGCACUAGCAACAUUCUGCGAACCGGUAGAAAAAUCUAAUUCGGAUCACUCAUUUGCUGCAGGAGUUGCCUGCAACGUUGGGCUGAGAAAGAAGCCCUUGCGUGUUUACAGCAUGGUUAAAUACGCCGCCAUAGCUCGAGGAGAAGCUGAAAUUUACAUGAGAUUUGCAAGCUCGUCAUAUAAGGAGAAAAUAUGGGACCACGCAGCAGGUGUUCUCCUCGUGCAAGAGGCUGGUGGUGUGGUCACUGACGCCGGAGGGCACCCUCUCGAUUUCUCCAAAGGAAUAUACCUGGAAGGGCUCGACAGAGGCAUAAUUGCUUGCUCGGGGCAUCAACUGCAUGAGAAAUUAAUCGGAGCUGUUUAUGCUAGCUGGGAAUCAUCUAACUUGUGACCUCUCUUUGAAAAAGCAACCAAACUGGAUAUAAAGAUACUAUCUUGCCACUUUAGCGGAAGGGUGACGAAGUCGGUUGAUGGAGUUGUUUGGUUCAUUCACUCAACCCGAGAGGUGAGUAGACUGUAAUUUCUUCAGAAAACACCGUCGUUGUAGCUACCCGAGUUUUAAGGAUAUUCUAUGGUCAUCUCGUUGAAGAACUUAAUGCUUUGACAUUGUUAUAUACUCCCUCAGUCCGCCAUUAAAUAUCUCAUUUUGCUAUUUUA